AUGUCUGACCGUGACACGAUAGACCGUGCCUUUGCGCGCAACUCGCCAUUACGGAAAAGAGUAUAUGAAGCCAUCGACGCGACUCCCCAAUACGCACCACUCUUCGAGGACAUUGCGAACUAUCACCUGACCUCGGUCUAUGACCGCGGCGCCAUCGACGACGACCCGGCCUCGAAAAGGCGGAAACUCCCCAAUGGCGGCGCGACCGCCACCACCACCACCACCCUCCCCAUCACACCUGCGCACAAAGACCAGCCGCGCGAAGUGGUGCUUGAGGCCCGGGACAUCUCCUUCUCCCUGCCUCAACGCAAGAAACUGCACCUAGGCAUGGCGCAGUAUGGCACCGACAUCAACGUCGCGGGCACCUCGUUCGCCAUCUUCACGCGCAACCCCGCCACGAAUGAAGUCGACAUGGAAGUCCCGUUUUCGCGGUUCGCCUACGCGCUCAGACUGCCCGUACCAGAAAAGGCAGCCAAACAAUACAACUUCGUGUUGAUCCCCAGGCCGGGAACUACGGGCGUCGAACCCAUCAUCUGGACCGUCAACGCGGGGCCCUUGAAGUCAUGUACCAUCCCCAACGAGCAGCUGGCCAUAGUGGCAGCCGGGCCGGACGACGUGCUGGAAUGCGCCCUGGGGUUUGUGCUACGGCAGUCCAACGUCAGUCUCUCCCUGCCUAGCCCCGACGAGUUCUACAGCGCGACGCCCGAGUCGCAUCGCAAGGGCGACAAGGCGUACCAUGUGAAAGCCCACCGGGGGAGCAAGGACGGGUACCUGUUCUUCUUGAGCAACGGGAUUUUCUUCGGGUUCAAGAAACCGCUCGCCUUCUUUGCGUUUGAGGACAUCGAGAGUAUUUCUUAUACAUCUGUGCUGCAGCGGACGUUUAAUCUGAACAUUGCACAUCGACCGAGCGGCAGCGGCGAGGCUGAUGACAACGCAAAUGCAAUUCAGGAAGUUGAGUUCUCGAUGCUCGACCAGGCCGAUUUCGUAGGCAUCGAUGAGUACGUGAAGAGGCACGGUCUGCAGGAUGCAAGCCUGGCGGAGGCUAGACGGGCGAAGAAGUCGGCAACGAAUGCGAAGCCUGGUGGCAUACAGAAUGGCGAUCCCGCGGGGGAAGGCGAAGGAGAGGACCCAGACACGCGCACCGAGCUGGAAAAGGCGCAACAACAGCUUGACGAUGAAGAAGACGAGGACGAAGAGGACUAUGAUCCAGGCAGCGACGGAGAAAGCGAGGGAAGUGGCUCCUCUGACGACGACGACGAUGACGACGACCGUGAAUACGAGCGGGAGAGGAAAAAGUCCAAGGGCAAAGACCUGGUCAAGGAGGAGCUGGGCAGUGAGGCCGAGGACGUCAGCGUGACAGAGGAUGAGGAUGAGGGUGAAGGUGAAGGUGAGGCCGAGAACGGCGACGAACUGGAAGACGAAGGCGACAAGGAAGAGCAGCCCGGGGCGAACGACCGGGAUAGGCACGACAGGACACCCGGGAAACGCGAUCCCAAUGCACGCCGUGGGGGACCCACUAUCGCGUCAAUCCCUUCCCACGACGGCGGCUGGACGUACCAAGAAGGAAUGCCCGACCCAGAUGAUGAAGACCAGCUGUGA